GUCGGGUUCGAACUUAGAAGGAUUAUAAGAGCGGCAAGUUUUGUUUUGAUUUUGUCUCAAAUCUCCAGAUUUCUUUCAGCUGCGUGAAACGUUUAGCAUUCAUCGUGUACUUAACUACAAGGGUCAGUGACAAGAAAAUCUAACUACACCAUUACAGUCCAAGGGAAAGAGUCAGACACUUCCCUACAACUUUACAAGUACAACUGACAACCCUGGCAGAGUAACAUCACAUUCACCAUGGACUCCAUAACACUGGACUCCUCAGACUCCAGACUUGAUGCAGAGUUUGACAGGUCUCUGGCAGAUAUGAAACCCUAUGUACUCAAACUACCACAUAAAACAGAGAGACAGAGAUGUGCCUUAUGGAUUAAGAAACUAUGUGAACCAGUUGCACCUGGACCUACUGCAAGGAAGAACAGGAACAUGUAUGCAGAGUUGCUGCUCCACAUGUUGAAGAGAGGAGUUUUAGAAGGACCCUUCAACCACAGACCAGACCCUGGACCACUCAAGACCCUGCCUUCAUAUAUGUCCAUCUACUUUGAUGAUGUGCCAAAGUCUACAAUCCCCAAAAGUAAAGUAACAGAGAAUCCACAUGUACCAGACUGGGUAGCGGGAGAGUUAGAUGAUACGCUGGCGUCUUCCCGCGCUGUCGAGGAGUCGAGAUCGUUCUCCACCUCCCGCCACAGGUACUCCUCCCUCAGGAAGUCCCCACAGCACUCCACAGGGGUGGACAGUAUGCUCAGGGACAGGGGGGCACAUAGGCGUGAGGAAAAUGGCAGUGACGCCCGCGCUUCCCGCGCCCUGUACAGCAGUCGCACAAAACCGUCCUUCUCCCUGUCGUCUGACGAGAGCGAUGAGGAAACUCGCAGACCGCGGCCCAAAUCUCCGCUGGCUCCCGUCAGAACUUCACCCAUCAAACCCAGGACCACCAUGACCAGGUCCAGUACCAGUACAGGAUACGGCAGUAGUUCCAUACGUGACCACGAGGACUCCACCCUGGGCAGACUUCACGAGAAGGAGCUGGAGAUGAGAACCAAGCUGCUGGAGUCUCGCUUCCACGAGGAGAUGUUAGUCCUACAGCAGAAACAUGAUGGUGCAGUUCAGAAAAUACUAGACAGGAAAAAUGAAGAGAUGGAGGAUGUGAAACAACAUUACCGAGGCAAGCAGCUGGAGCUGGAGGAACAGGUCAAAAAACUGGAGAAGAAAUGUCAGAGUCUGGUCAAGGAAUCACAGGUUAUACGAGAGAACCGUGACCGUCAGAUCGCGGAGCUGAAGAAGAUGACGGAGCAGACCACGGCCAGCACGCAGAACGAGUACGAGAAGCGUCUCCACGACAUGGUGGCGGACUUCGAGCAGGAGAAGUUUGACAUGCAGAAACUUCACACCAAGAACAUCCAGGAACUGCUGGAUGAUACCAACAACAGGCUGCAGAAGAUGGAGCAGGAGUACCAGGCUCAGGCUGCCUCUACGGGUAGUGUAGUAAAAGAGCUGGAGGCGCGUGUUGCCCAGCUGACUAAGGAUGUAGAGAACAGUGUAGCGGAGAGAAACCGUCUGUCCACGGAGAAACUCCAGCUGGAGCACAGGUGCAGCGAGAUCAGUGGGGAACUGGCCGACUGUCAGGCCAAGUUUGAAGCCCUUGAGAGGAACUCAGACAGACUGCGAGAAGACCAUGAACAGGAGCUGAGAACCCUGAGGAACAAGUCUGAGGCCAGUGUGGAGUACCUGAAGCAGGAGAACAGUCUGGCUGCAGCAAAGGCACACGACCACAUCUCCGACCUGGAGGCACACGUCUCACAACUCAAACAGUCGCUACAGGACUCAGAACAUGAGAGGCAAAGACAGAUCAGGGAGUUAGAAGCAGUCCACCAGCAGGACAAGAUGCACAAGGAGAACCUCCAUGAGAAGAAGGUUCGCGCGCUGCACUCAGAACUGGAGCAGGAGAAGGCAGACGCCCUGAAGAAAAUCCACAAACUGGAGGAGGCCGUGAAGGACAAGGACGAACAGAUUCAGAAAAUGGCUGAAAUACAGAAGUUCCAGACCCAGCAGGCUGACAAAGCCUUGGAGGACUUUAAGAGACAAGUGGAGAAAAACUCCAACCAGGUGUAUGCAGACAUGAAGUCUCAGAUGGAGAAAGUAGAAGCAGACUUGGAGAGGUCUAAGAUCCUGCGGGAGAAACAGCAGAGGGAGUUUCAGAGACAGCUGGAGGAGGAGAGACAGAGGAACGAGCACAAGAUGCUGGAGUUGAAAGUAGCGCUGGAGCAGGAGAAACAGCAGAUGCUGAGGAACCAUCAGAACGAGAAGGACGUGGUACAGCACGAGCACGAGAAGGCACUGGAGAGUCUGGAGGACAGACUGAGGGGGAACAUGGAGGAUGUCAGCAGACAGGCUGAGGACAGGAAGGACAGAGACCUCAAGACUAUCUCGGAGCUGGAGCAGCAGGUAAGAGAGCUGCGAGAGGAGGUGAUCCAGGCUAACGCACUCAGGAAACAACAACUGGUGGAGCUGGGACUGCUCAGGGAGGAGGAGAAACAGAAGGCUACAAGGGAGCUGGAAGCUACAGUGAACAAGUUCAGGUCAGAACUGGAGCAGCAGAAGCUGCAACUACAGAGGGAACAUGCCACAGAGAUGGAGGAGUCUCUGGAGAAAACUAACUCCCGACUCAAGCAGAUAGAGAAGGAGUACACCCAGCGCCUCACUAAACAGUCUGAGACUAUCUCAGAACUACAGGACACUAUACAACAUGUCAGGGAGGACAGUGGCAGGCAGAUCACUGAUGCUGACAGGAGGCUACAAGACUCCCAGACCAGACAGGGAGAGGAGGUCCAGACGUUAAAACGGCAGCACAGCGCGGCCCUGAGAAGCCUGCAGCAGGACGUGGACACACACAAGAGCCACGCACGGAGCCUGGAGAAGAGGCUACAGCAGCAAGAGAUCGACCAACAAGAGAAGCUGACCCACCUGCAGCAGCAGUAUGAGGACAGGAUGAGAGGACUGAUGCCUGCCUCACUCCGACAGGAACUAGAGGACACCAUCGCAUCUCUCAAGGCACAGGUAAACUCCGUUCAACAGAGGGCCAUCAUUCUACAGGAAGAACUUGAUGCCAAGUCCAGAUACUGAACCCAGCACUCAACUCCUGUACAGAGAUAGCUAGUUUGUAAUCUUUUGUAAUAUUGGGACCAGAGAUACUGUACUGUCAAAGCUAACAAAAUUUCCAAUGAAAUUUUUUGCUAUGGUUUUGUGACUGUAAACUUGUUGUAAAGUACCUCCCACCAAUCCAUAACAACUUAGUCUUUCUUCCAAAUUACUUUUUGAUAAAGAAAACAUUGAAGAAAGGACUCCAUGUUUUUGUAAUAUUUUGAUGGGUGAAUGCCAACUUCUUUAAUUAUCUGUCAGAAACACAUGUUGCUUUGCUUUGCUUUUCUUGCACUGACUCAAAAUUCUUACCAGUAAAGUUGUUCCAUUUUGAAUUUCAAUUUUAGUACACUUUCAGUACAUCUGAUUUCUUAAAGUAACAAUUUCGAAGAAAAAUUUGUACUGAUGCACAUAUCUGUUUUGAAAUCAAAUUCUGGUAUGAUCACACCUUAGCGUACCUCCCCAUAGUUUCUGAAUGGUCCAGUCCGGAGCUUGUCCUGUAUAUAAGUCAGACAUUCCAUUGACAGCUGGAUGGGGGUGGGAGGUGGAGGUCAACAUAGCUGGAGGCCAGGUCCCCCUGUGGUGAAAAUGGACUCACCCUUUCAUCCCUAGUGUCAGGUGUCAACGCAGGACCACUCUCACUGGCCCACUAGGUCAAAGGUCGCCAACCAGGGCAAGUUCCAACAUAUUACUGCUACUCCCAAAUUUUGGCAAACAACCAAUAAUAAUGGUUAUUGUAAGCUCCAUGACAUUGUUUAAUUUCUAACAAAAUUGGGCAAUAUUUUGUAUAUGUGUAUUCUUCUUACCGGUAUUCAAAAAUCUGGGCAAGGAAUUUCAUUAGAAGAUACGUCAUUUUGUAAACUGUAUGUGAUAGAAUGACCUUUAACUGAAGUUACGGUGCCAAAAUUUGUGUGUCAGGAAAUUAUUUGAUCUGGGAGGGCAAUUUAAAUGUAGGAAAAGAAUAAACAAUAUUAUUAUUUGAUAUGUUCUAAACUAGGGAUGUUUUAACUCUAUUGUGUUUGAAAUGGACACAAAUUUUGUCAGACAGGUGUAAAACAGAAACAUAAUGUUACCUUUCUGUACCUUCCAGAGAUUUCAUACAGGUGUAACAGGUCAGAAGGUACCCCUGGCCAAAAUCUGCCCCAGGGUAUAUUUUGACCAUGGGUCAGAGGGUAUAGAUUCCAUCCUACUACACUGAUUCCAUCUAGUUAUCACAAUGUUGUUAUUUCAAUAUGUAUGAUUUGAUGAACUUUAAAGCAGAAUGAAGUGUUGUGUUUAAUUUUGGUGUUUAUGUAUCAUUAAUUUGUUGUAUUUCUAAUAUUUGCACACAAAAAGACUUUUAAAAUCACAUUUUUGCAUUCCUAAUUGUACAUUAAGAAAUUGAUGUGUAUAUAUUAUACAGGACCGCUUGCUGAUUUGAAUACUUUGUUUUGGUCAAGAAAAAAUAUAUUUUAAGUAGUAGGCUAACAUUGCUAUUGUUAGUAAAAUAACAAGAUUUGUUAUUGUUUAUUUUUGAUUUGAUAUUAUUUGCCUUUUGUACAAUGUAUAGUUUUUCCUACAAUUUAUGGUUUCAAUUCCUUAGUAACGCAUAGUCUAGUAAUGAGAGUGAUACAAAAAUGAACAAACUUUCCUAGUGGUUUCUCUCUGGA